CUCUCUGUCUCUGUCUCUCUCUCUGUUAAUCUCUCUCUCUCUCUCUCUCUCUCUCUCUCUCUCGAUACCACAGCGAUGUGUCUCUUUAUCUCGUUGGGAUUUUGUUAUCCAGCCACUUUUGUAGACUUCAAACCUUUCAAACUUUUCUGAACUUGUUUUUCUUAAAUUGCGUGGACUCCCAAGUUCUGCAUUUCAGCCACACUUCAAUUUCAUCUAGUCUGGACUGUACAAGUCUUUCUUUUUUGGCUCACAAAGCCUUUCGGGUUUUUUUAUAUUAAUAUAUACAUCUAUAUAUCGUGACAUCUUUUGGUAUAUUUGUGGGAUUUUCCUGUAGACUGGACCCCCUGACCUCAGCUCUGGACUCUGCUUUUAGUUUAGUGAGCAGCUUCGGCUUUGCUAUACAAGCAUGGAGGAGAAUGACAACAUGGACUAUUUUUACCAGCAAGUUUUGCAGAAGGACGUGAGCCGGCGGCUGCAGCUCGGUCCAGACCUCAUUGACUACCUGAGUGACCCACAGAGAUCCUGCGACGUGGAUCAGGACAAAUCACGCCUGGAUAAAACCAUGGACGAGCUAACAGGCUGGGUGAACUCCAGCAACUACAAGGUUGCAUUGCUGGGGAUCGAUAUUGUCAGCGCGUUUGUUGACCGGCUGAGCGAACGCUUUCGAGGUUAUGUAGGCACAGUGGUCCCUGCACUAGUGGAUCGUCUGGGUGAUUCGAAAGAUCAGGUACGAGAUCAGGCACAGGCGCUCAUUCUCAAGCUGAUGGAGGAGGCAGCCACUCCCAUGUACGUAUGGGAGAGGUUGUUCCCUGGCUUUAAACACAAGAACUUCCGAAGCAGAGAAGGAUUGUGUCUGUGUCUGGUCGCCACACUCAAUGCGUACGGUGCCCAGCCACUGGGUCUGAGUAAAUUUGUACCGCAUCUGUGUGUACUAACAGGAGACCAGAACCCUCAAGUACGGGAGACCGCUAUCACAGCUCUGGUCGAGGUGUAUCGGCAUGUAGGUGAGAGAGUGAGGGCAGACCUCGGCAAGAGAGGACUGCCAGCUGCACGAUUGCAGACGAUUUUAGGCCGGUUUGAUGAAGUGCUGAACUCUGGAGUCAUGGCCCUCAGCCUGAGUCAAGAUCGUAGCUUUGAUGACGAUGACUCGGUGGAUGGUAGCCGGCCCUCGUCAGCCCAGGCAGCUUUCAAAGUCCCCAAAGUGCCGAAGAAACCUGCAGAUUCAGCCAGCAGUUCCAGAAGACCCAGUGCUACUGGAGCCACCAAAAUGAGUGUGUCUAAAGAGGUAGCUGGUGCUUUAGAUGAGGAGGACUUUAUUAAAGCAUUCACAGAUGUCCCCACUGUUCAGAUCUAUUCCACGCGUGACCUGGAGGAUAACCUGAACAAGAUCCGAGAGAUUCUCUCCGAUGAUAAACACGACUGGGAUCAGAGAGCUAUUGCAUUAAAGAAGAUCCGAUCUCUGCUGGUGGCAGGGGCAAAAAACUACGACUGUUUCUACCAGCACCUGCGCUUACUAGAUGGAGCGUUUAAGCUUUCAGCUAAGGACCUGCGAUCGCAGGUGGUGCGAGAGGCCUGCGUCACUGUGGCGCACCUGUCCACAGUGUUGGGGAAUAAAUUCGACCAUGGAGCAGAGGCCAUCGUUCCUGUGUUGUUUAAUCUUAUUCCCAACUGUGCAAAAAUAAUGGCGACCUCUGGGACGGCAGCAAUUCGCAUCAUUAUACAGCAUACACACGUGCCACGGCUCAUUCCUCUCAUCACAGGGAACUGCACUUCAAAAUCCGUGGCUGUAAGGAGACGCUGUUAUGAAUUUUUGGAUCUGCUACUGCAGGAGUGGCAGACACACUCUCUGGAGAGGCAUGCGGCUGUUUUGGUGGACAGCAUAAAGAAGGGAAUCAGAGAUGCUGACUCAGAGGCUCGAGUGGAGGCUAGAAAGGCCUACUGGGGGCUGCGGGCUCAUUUCCCCACAGAGGCGGAGUCUCUGUAUAACUCGCUAGAACCGUCCUACCAGAAGACACUUCAGUCGUGUCUAAAGAGUUCGGGCAGCGUGGCAUCGCUCCCACAAUCGGAUCGCUCUUCCUCCAGCUCGCAGGAAAGUCUCAAUCGGCCGUUAACUUCAAAGUGGUCGGCUGCUCCGGGCAGAGUUCCAGCCAGCUCUAAAUCAGCAGGCUCACCAGGUUCCCUGCAACGAUCUCGGAGUGAUGUUGAUGUAAAUGCAGCAGCCAGUGCUAAGGCCAGACACGGUGGACAGGCAGGAGGAGCUGGCCGCCUCACUACGGCUUUACCGCCAGGCACCUAUGCCUCGCUAGAUGAUGCCUCUGAUAAGGAUGGACGUCUCCGUACUAAGCAGCCGUUGUCAACUCCAUCAGGAAUGAGCAGCACUCAGGUGGACUCGAGGGCCCGGAGCCGAACAAAGAUGGUAUCUCAGUCCCAACGUUCCGACGAUUCUGAUUGCACGCCAGGAUCACAGUCUGCUACACCAAUUGGUGCGGGCUCUCGCUCUGGCUCUCCGGGCCGUGUGUUGGCCAGCACAGCUUUGAGCACACUCAGUACAGGCGCCCAGCGUGUGAGUGCUGCUCCCGGUUCCCAGCGGCGCAGCAGAAUCCCACGCAGUCAGGGCUGCAGCCGAGAUUCAAGCCCCACCCGACUGUCUGUGGCGCCAUCCAACGUCAGCCACAUCUACAAUGGAUCGAAAGGAGCGCGGGGUAGUCGUAUACCACGGCCUAGUGUGAGUCAGGGCUGCAGUCGUGAGGCCAGUCGAGAGAGCAGCAGAGACACCAGCCCUGUGCGUUCCUUCACACCGCUUGCUUCACGACACUACUCUCGCUCUACUGGUGCCCUUCAUGCCCCAGAUGCCUUUGGGGCAGCAGGUUCAGGUUUGGGGAUCUCGCAGUCCAGUCGUCUCUCUUCUUCUGUCAGUGCCAUGAGAGUGUUAAAUACGGGGUCGGAUGUGGAGGAGGCCCUCGCCGAUGCAUUGCUGUUAGGUGAUAUGCGGAGCAAGCAGAAAAAGCCAGCUCGGCGGCGGUACGAAAACUACAGCAUGUAUUCCGAUGACGAUGCCAACAGUGAUGCAUCGAGUGCUUGCUCAGAGCGUUCAUAUAGCUCACGCAAUGGCAGUAUUCCCACAUACAUGCGUCAGGCUGAAGAUGUGGCCGAAGUACUUAACCGCUGUGCUUCGGCUAACUGGUCUGAGAGGAAAGAGGGGCUGAUGGGGUUACAGGCCCUGCUGAAGAACCAGCGUGCUCUCAGCCGGGUUGAACUCAAGAGAUUGUGUGAAAUUUUUACAAGGAUGUUUGCAGACCCACACAGCAAGCGUGAGUCCAGAGGCUUCGGCACGGCAGAAUCCGGUAUCAGUUCCGCCUCCUUUAAGAGAGUGUUCAGCAUGUUCUUGGAGACACUGGUGGACUUCAUAAUGGUUCAUAAGGCAGACCUGCAGGACUGGCUGUUUGUGCUGCUUACACAACUGCUGAAAAAGAUGGGCGCCGACCUCCUCGGCUCCGUACAGGCCAAAGUACAGAAAGCCCUCGACGUCACAAGGGAGUCUUUUCCAAAUGAUCUGCAGUUCACAAUUCUUAUGAGAUUCACUGUAGACCAGACACAGACACCCAACUUAAAGGUGAAAGUGGCCAUUUUGAAGUAUAUAGAGACCCUGACGUUACAAAUGGAGCCACAGGACUUUGUGAACUCCAGCGAGACCAGACUUGCAGUGUCCCGCAUUAUCACAUGGACCACAGAACCCAAGAGCUCGGAUGUCAGGAAGGCAGCCCAGUCUGUGCUGAUUUCGCUGUUCCAGUUGAAUACACCAGAGUUCACCAUGCUUCUUGGUGCCCUACCUAAAACCUUCCAGGAUGGAGCUACCAAACUCCUUCAGAACCACCUACGCAACACUGGCGGUGUAGCACCAGCCCCAGUAGGUAGCCCAUUGACACGACACACUCCAAGGUCACCGGCCAGCUGGUCAAGUCCUCUAACAUCCCCUACCAACACGUCACAGAACACGCCGUCCCCGAGUGCAUUUGAUUAUGACACAGAGAACAUGAACUCGGAGGAGAUUUACAGCUCUCUGCGCGGCGUUACCCAAGCCAUCCAGAACUUCAGCGUGCGGAGCCAAGAGGACAUGAGUGAACCUCCUCGCAAAAGAGAGGGAGACGGAGAAGAGAGACUCCUCAGUGUUCAUCAGCACUUCGAUAUGGUUAGAGGAACAAGAACGAACACCAGAAACAGGGGCGGUGCUGACACAACGGAAACUGGUCGGACAGCAUUGGAUAACAAAACGUCUCUGCUGAACACCAUGCCCCUCCUCUCCUCCAGUCCCCGCCCCAGCAAGGAGUAUCAGCCAGGUAGUUACUCAGACUCUUCCUUCGGCUCCUCCCCUUUUAGUAAGAGCCUGAAAGAGCCACUGGACCAUGACGGCGAGAGCCUUACGGAUGAUAGCAGUGUGGACCAAUCAGAGGUGGUGGCUGAGCUGUUAAAGGAGCUGUCCAAUCACAGCGAGCGGGUGGAGGAGAGGAAGGCAGCGCUCUGUGAACUCAUGCGGCUGAUCAGGGAAACACAGCUGCACGUCUGGGAUGAACAUUUUAAAACUAUUCUCCUGCUGCUGCUGGAAACCAUGGGGGAUGGCGAGCAUGUGAUUCGUGCACUUGCACUGCGGGUGCUGAAGGAGAUUUUGAACAGACAGCCCUGGCGCUUCAAGAACUAUGCAGAACUUACUAUUAUGAAGACCUUGGAAGCACACAAAGACCCACACAAAGAGGUGAUCCGGGCAGCAGAAGAGGCAGCAGCCAUGCUGGCAAGUUCCAUCAGCCCAGAGCAGUGCAUUAAGGUGCUAUGUCCCAUCAUUCAGUCUGCAGACUAUCCCAUCAAUCUGGCUGCCAUCAAGAUGCUCACCAAAGUAAUUGAGCGACUGCCCAAGGAAAGUCUGGUCCAGAUGCUUUCGGAGAUUGUCCCUGGACUCAUUCAGGGUUAUGAUAACUCUGAGAGCAGUGUACGAAAAGCUUGUGUGUUCUGCCUUGUUGCCAUCUAUGCCAUCAUCGGGGAGGAUCUCAAACCUUUCCUCAGCCAACUGUCUGGCAGCAAGCUCAAGCUGUUGAACCUGUAUAUAAAGCGUGCUCAGAGUGGCUCUGGCGGAAGUGGUGACCAGUCAUCUGACGUGGGAGGCCUGUAGCUGAACCCACAGGAUUGUAAGGGCUGGAGUCCUUGCAGGCUUUUAACACACAUACAAACACACAGACCGCUAUAAACAUGCACAGGCUUACAGAUACACACAUGCAAACACAAGUAUGGACUUGCUGGACAUCUUCCUCUUCCCCUCCUCUUCUAUCCAGCUGCAGCCAUGUGGGACAGCAUGGAUCAGACUCCAACACUUCCUGUUAAACUAACAACGUCUUCUUUUUGUGUGAGCAUGACUCAUUGUUGUGCCAGUGGUAAGCUUUGUUGAGCUUGUUGUGUGUGUGUGCGAGAGAGAUAGUGUGUGUGUGUGUGUGUGUGUCAGUGCAAGUUCACUUACCUUUUAAAAUCCCAGCAUUGAGAUAAAAAGGAGAGAGGGGAGGCGUUACGUGUCACUCCGCAAUAUCAAGACCAUUUCCUUACGAUCAAAGAGCUUCUGAGGAAACUCAGAUUCACAAGAUGCAACUCACAGUUCUGAGCACAGAUUUCAUUAGAAGUGCUUAUAGCUCCUUGAUUGAAUCUUAAUGAUCUUCUCACUUCGUAACACUGAAUGGUUGGUUCAGCUUGCUCUAUCAUAUGGCAUACUUUGCUUGGCUAUCUGCAUGUCAUGAUUAAAACCGACCCUUUUUAUCUGGUCACCUGUAGGACUUAAUGGGUCCAGGGACCCACUCACACAUCCGAGGUUUGUGUCGCAGUUGUACUGCAAAGCCAGAUGUCAUUUGAAUACAUAGGCAAUAUGUAUCUAUAUAACACAACAGGAGUAUUCAAGAAAAUCUUGUGUUAUUUGGAGGCUGUGUAGAUUCUUUUAAGUAGCGUAGUGUCAUUUCUUCUCCGAAGGGAAAUUUGUAGAAAUGUAUUUACGCAAAAACUGAUGUGUGUCUUUCUCCUUUCUGUAGUUUCUCUUUCUCCCCUGUGAGGAAAUUUUCCUCUGGAUUCCCAACUGCAUUUCUAAAGCUAUGCUAACAAUAAAAUGAAAAUAAAAAAAUGUACAGACAUGAGUAAAGUGUUUUACCUUAA